AUGUUCCGUGCUUCCUUUGAAUUCUGUUAUUUUUCACUUGUGAAGCCAACGUAUGCGCCUUCCGUGUUCACCGUUCUGGGCCCAAACUCCUUUUCCGCAGUGAAACAUACGGGAAAGAUCAACGAGAAGCAUCAAUCCCUCGGGGAAGUGCUGAACGGCGAUCAAAUGGUUCAGGCCCCCUACGACCUAAAAUUCCGCAUAGAUCACGAGCGAGCGACGCUCUGCAAGCGCACGCUCGGCAUUAAGGACGUCCUUAAGUUCCGCGACGCGGUCCUGAACGACUACUAUUUCCAAAUGUACUUGGACGAUCUCCCGAUCUGGGGUUUCAUCGGCAUGGCUGACACUCUCAGUGACACGUAUGACACAAACCAGCAAAUCUCCAUUUUCACGCACAUACAUUUCAACGUAUGGUAUAACAACGACCGCGUGGUGGAAAUGGGCAAUAGCGAGGAUACGGAGGUGGAGGUGGAAUUCACGUAUUCCGUCUCGUGGAGGGAGACGGAUAAGGCUUUUGAGAAGCGCAUGGACAAGUACACGCGGUACGCGCUCCUCCCACAGCAUGUAGAGAUCCACUGGUUCUCGAUCCUCAACUCGUGUUUCACGGUGCUGCUGCUCGCCGGCUUCAUCGCGACCAGACUCACGAGCUUACUCAAGAGCGACUUAAUCAGUUACUCGAAUGACACGGAGUCGUUACAAGAGCCGGAGGAGGCUGUUUGGAAGUCAAUCCAUGACGACGUUUUCCGAAUUCCCACGAACAAGGAGCUUUUCUGCGCCUUUCUUGGCAGCGGCAUGCAGUUGCUCAUCCUGGUCCUAAUCAUGUUUAUGCUCACUCUUGCGGGGGUGUUAUACCCCUUCAAUCACGGUGCUUCGUGGACGGCUCUGGUGGUGAUUUAUGCGCUGACCUCUGGAAUCGCUGGGUACACGUCUGCGUCGUUCUACAAGCAGAUGGAGGGGACCAACUGGACUGGCAGCAUUCUGCUGACGGGGUGCAUGUUCGGCGGGCCGGUGGUCAUCUCCUUCUGCUUCCUCAACACCGUCGCCAUCCUCUAUCACUCCACCAACGCCAAGCCCCUCACCACCAUCCUCACCCUCACCCUCAUCUUUGCGCUCAUCGCCUUACCCCUCCUCGUGGCCGGCGCCAUUGCCGGCAAAAAAAGCACUGCUGCAGGGUUCCAAGCACCCUGCCGGCAUUCCCAGACCUCAAAUCACCCUAGGGAGAUCCCGGCCUACAUGGUCUACGGCAUCCUCUUUAUAGUGUUCAUCAAUUUCAUCGUCGUGACGGCACUCAUGGCGAUUGUGCUUACGUACUAUCAGCUUGCAGCGGGCGACCACGAGUGGUGGUGGAGCCGCCUUCAGAUUUUUCUCACGCCUGAUCUCCAUCCUAGAGCCGAUGCCUCGGUGUGCCUUACCGAACUGGCAUGUGUCACUUUCAUUACCCUCCAUCUCUUCCCCCCUCCGUCAUCCCCAUGCCCUCUCCCCCGUUCCCAUCCACUCAGGUCGGUGCUGUGCGGUGGCUCCCCCGCGCUCUUCAUAUUUGGCUACUGCUGCUACAACUACCACGCGCGCUCCCACAUGACCGGAUUCAUGCAGGCGUCGUUCUACUUUGUCUUAAUGGCCUGCGUCUGCUACGGCCUCUUCCUCAUGCUCGGCGCUGUGGGUUUCCUCGCCUCGCUGGCCCUUGUGCGCCGCCUCUACCGCUCCAUUGGGCGCGAGUAA